UUUUUUUGGCAACAAUCAGCUCUGUGCAGUUCUCGCUGAUUGGUGUAAAGAUAGGAGAAAACAAAUCCUCUGUCUGAGCUGCAAAAGAGGGGGAGCUCUGUAUAAAAUAACUGAACAGCUGCUGGUAAAGUCUUCAGGGAAAAAAACUGCUGUUCCAGAGAAGACUGUGAGCUCAUAUCCCUGUGCGCAUGGACGAUCAUUCUCUCUCCCUCCAGGGCCCAGAAUAAAGAUGAAGGUAAAUCCGUUUUGGGAGAAGUAUUGGAUACAUGUGCUCGCUGAUGCCUGUCGUCUAGCUCUGCUGUGGAAAUAUGGGGGCGUCUAUCUGGACACUGAUAUCAUCUCAUUAAAGCCCUUAGAAUUGCAAAACUUUCUCUGUGCUGAAGGAUAUCAGACGGCUAACAAUGCAGCACUGGGAUUUGAGAAGAACCAUGAAUUUAUCUGGGAAUGUAUGCAAGAUUACGUCAGGAACUAUGAGGGACGUACUUGGGGUUACCAGGGGCCGGCGCUGAUGAGCAGAGUCUUGAAGCGUUGGUGCCAGUCUGACGAUCUAGGCCAGUUUUUCAAUCUACAAUGCAAAGGUGUUUCCUAUCUUUCACCCAACUAUUUCUACCCCAUCUCCUACACACAUUGGGAAAGUUACUUCCAACACUGGAAGAAGUCCAGUAUUGAGACAUUUUUCUCUGAGACGAUAGGGGCGCAUAUCUGGAAUUUUAAAAAUGUCGGGCAACAAAAGCAAGUUAUCACUGGUAGUGGAACGCUAAUAGAGUACUUCUUCUCUCAGCAUUGCCCUGUGACUUACAAAUUGCUAAUAAAACGAGUCAGUUGAAAUCUGGCAGUUUUAGGAAUUUAGCUUUUGGCUGACAAUGAAAAUACCCCUCCCUCUUCUCACCCCCCUCCCCAAUGCCCUAACUAUCAUAGGCACUCCCCAUUGGCAUGUGCUCCUUGUUCCUACCCACAUCUCUUUCUGACUUUAAGCCCCUAGCCUCUGUCUAAAUUUGUCAGGUAAUCUGUGGGAAGCCAAACGAAUGGCUUGCCAAGACCAUGGCAUGGGUUGGGCCGGAUAUUUCAUCAGCUGAAAGCAGAAGGAAAGUGUUUCCAACAUCUGCCUGUAGGCCCUUUCAAAAUGGCGGCAGCUACAUUGCUGAUAUGGGUGGGAACAUGAUUUGCCCUCUUGGAAGCCUCUGGUGUCUAAUGAGCACCAGGCCAGAUCAGUGAACUUUGAUCUUGCUGAGCAUUACCACAAUGGCCUUAUAUUGUCAAGCCUCAUUUAAGCAUGCACUUUAUUAAUAAAAGUGGAUUGACAAACUCAGUAUCAGUGUAUUGCAGCAGAGGCUGCACUGAGCUGAUUGAUUCAAUUUCAUGUAUUACUGAUUCUUCAAUGUCUAGGUUUGGCUAACAGUCUGUAUGUAACAGUGUUACUAUUCUCCCCUCCACAGAAUACAUAAGCUUCAGUAAAGUUCCA